AUGUCAGAAAUAAAUUAUAAGACCCCUAUGUUCAGGGUAAAAAUCAAGAAACCAAAGACCAGAAAGGGGUCCCGAAGAAGGAAGGGGUCAAGUGUAUUAAAGAUUUUAGAAAUCAAGAAUCAAGAUAACUAUAACAAGAAAAAAGGCUAUUAUAAAUGCGAAGGUGUUAAUUUGUAUAUGACAUCUGGUCCACCAAAGAAAAUACCCGAACCGCCGAAAGAACUUCUCAGGUACAUAAAACAACAAAAUUUUGAAUUUGAAGAUAUUAAACAAAGUAAUAAUAACAAGAGUAUAGCAUACAGUGAAGAAACUGAUAUUCCUAAGAAACGAAAAAAGAUUAAUGAAUUCAUGGCUUUUAGAAGUUAUUAUUCAAGAUUUUUUAGAGGCAUAGUACCGCAGUUAGAAUUGUCAAGAAUUUUGGCACAACUAUGGCAUGAGAAACCAAAGAUGAAAAGAACUUGGGAAAUGUUUGCUGAGCAUUAUAAUAUGGAACAACCAGAUCAAAGUUUUCCAGAGUGGCUUGAAAAAACAUAUACUUCCAGUUAUACCCCGAAAGGAAAAGUAAAAAUUGAUGAUGAUCAAGAUGAAAAAUCAAAGCAUCCAUAUGUUGAGGACUUAUACCUAAAUACUGGAAAUAAUGGAGGAAAUACUGACCUAGUCCAUAAACUGAAUACUGCCUUCAAUCCAAAUAUUCAAAAGUCUACAGAUGAAGAUGUGGGAGUACCACUUAAUAAUCUACUUUUUACAGAGUUAGAUUUGUUUCAUCUAUUAGACGAAGUGCCAUCCUUUUAA